GGAAUCGUGCAUUUUAGCAUAGCCUCUCUACUUCUAUAAACCCUCUCUGAUUUUAGCUAGCAAGCAAGCAAUAUAAACACGUUGCCCUCUUGUAUUUCCGUGGUUUCACCAGAAGAGUUGAUGUAUUGCUUGUCCAAAUUUUCACGAAAUAGUUCUCCAUAGCUCGCUUUCUUACACUAUUUUCCUCCAGCCACUUUUAGCAAAGUUACCUGUGUGCAACCGAGAACUACCAUGGGGAGGCGGUACUACUGUGACUACUGUGACCGAAGUUUUCAGGAUAAUAUGCAUAAUAGGAAAAAGCAUUUAAAUGGUGUCCAACAUCACAGAGCGAAGAAGGCAUGGUUCGAAAAUUUCAGAGAUGCCGCAGCCAUUCUUGCAGAUGAGCUGUCAAAACAGCCAUGUAGGAAAUUCCUUCAUUCAGGGCAAUGUGUGUUUGGACCAAACUGUCGUUUUUCCCACAUGACUGAGCGAGACAUGGAGCAUUUGAAGCAAUUGGCUGCAGGUCAUGACAGCAGGGGCCCCAAGGCUGCGUCUGGGAAGAGCGGGGCCGUCUCCGAGCCGUCGAUGGACGAGUGGCUGGUCAAGAGGGAGAAGAGGAGGGCCGCCCAAGGCAGCGGCAGUGCCCUGAACGAUGAGGAUGAGGAGGACGAUGAGAAGCCCCUGCCUCUGGACCUUCCUCUGCACUUCCUCUCCAUCCCAGACCUCCCGCCCUCACUACUGCCCCCGCCCCCUGGUGGCUGGACCACCGCACUGCAGUCUCAGUGGGGAUGAAGACUACAGUACAUGCCAAUCAACAAACCACCCUUGGUUGUCCUUGGUUGUUGUGGGCAGGGCAUAUGCUGUGCAAGACUUUCUUGGAGUGGUGAUGUAACUGCUUUGCCAAAGUUGAUGUUUCUCCAAAGCAUGUUCACGAUGGACUCAAUUCCCUUUUACCAUCUUGUGUGGAAGAAGAAGGGGAUUGUCCCCUAAGACUGCCUGUAACAGAACUUUAGGAAAUAUCUUAGUCGCAGGCAGCAAAGCUCCAUGAGGUGUUUUGUCUGUUUAGACAUUCUUUUUCAGAUGUGAUAUCGUGCCCAGGCAGCAGAGCUCUGCGGUUUGAUUCAUGCGGUUUAAUAACCUGCCGCCAUCAUCGUGUGCAGAGGAUGAGGUAGAGGCUCUCUCUCGCUCUCUCUCACUCUCGCUCUCUCUCUUUCGUUUUCUCUCUUUCUCUCUCUCCAUCUCUGCAGCGCUGUACAGUCUCGUCCCUCAUUCUCACAUUCAUUCUUUUCUCUUUAUCGCUCUCUAUCUCAUUCUCUCUCUAUCUCUCUCUAUCUCUGUCUCUAUUCAACAUACCGUUGUUUUUUUUGUCAUAAAGCUGCAAUCAGGAAACUUUGCAAAUCAUCUCUCUUGCUCUCUCUGCAGCGUUUUAGUCUUCUGAGGAGCCUUGUAGAUACUGCAGAGAGAGAGAGAGAGAGAGAGAGAGAGAGAGAGAGAGAGAGAGAGAGAGAGAGAGAGAGAGAGAGAGAGAGAGAGAGAGAGAGAGAGAGAGAGAGAGAGAGAGAGAGAGAGAGAGAGAGAGAGACUUUCUGAUCUGGAUGGGCCACGCGUCCUGAGGAUCUAUGCCACAUUAGCAUUUUCAUUGCAUAACAAUUACAUUGAGUUUGUUACAGGGAUUUUUAUUUUAUUUAUUUAUUUUUUUGGCAGAAAAGUCGUUUUUUUCCCCGCUUUGAUGAAUUAUUCAAUUUUUAUAAGUUUCCUCCCCUGUCUUGCUGUGUAUUGCAAUUAAAUUACUGCCGAAACGAAUAAGUCUGUACGCCUCUGUGUA